AUGUUACCCUAUCUCACACUUGUGUUGCUGCUGGGCACAGUGGAUGUCCGUUCGAGUAGAGUGGACAAGCUCGGUCGUGUUGUCGAUGUGAAGACUCAUGGUAAGGACAACUCACGGCGAGAUCAGCCGCAACCGACGGAGCCCGCUCGUGUUAUUCACCUCGCUAAUGCUAUUAAUCGAGAUGGUCUGACUGAUGAUGAAGGAAUCCAGCAAUGUGAUAUAUAUCUCAAUGAUGGUCGAGAAGCAAAAUUUGUGAGCCGCCAACUGACGUGUCCGAGGUACGGAAUUAUGUACGAUGUUGUUCUCCGUGACCAGCUCAACAAGCGCCAAUUUGAGUCUUCUUCCAAUGCAGAAAAACCGGGCGAAAAGGACGACCAGACAGACGGAGUCCCCACCCUGCAGUCGCUGAAUUUGGAAAGGAUCAUCGGUCUGGCCCCAUGGGAAGCGCAAAUGCUCCGAGCUAAGGCGAAGCUUGAUAAGAGUAAACUGCCUCUUCCUUACCCGUCUGACAUGGACGUUGAUGCGGAACUCGAGAAGGACACUUACGACUGCGAAGCUUUCCAGUCCUGGCGACUGAAAAGCCGUGACAUGGAGCGUAUGGAUAAGGUUGGAGGCUCCUGUGCUCGAGGAAGGAUUCAGAAUGAGUAG